UUUGUGUUGUGGGUUUCCUAAUUAAAUUUGACGAAGGGCAUGAAUGAGUUUGAACUUCAUUCUCUGUUUCUUGAACGAGUGUUGUGUCUUCAGUACCGAUUCUACAAGUAUAUCAUCAAUCAAGCCGAAGGCCUAGCUGCUGUGACUUCUCGGAGACGAAAAGCUUGUACAAUCGGAAGAGAUGCCAAACCAAAUGGAAAGUACUACUGUACAGAACAGUUGCAGAGAUUUAGCAAUUUCAUCUUCAUUUUACCGCUCCAUAUAUUCAGAGAUAGAAGAGGUUGGAUGGGCGCAUCUGGUGAAUUUGGCUAGAGAUCUUAAGUUUCUUAGCUUUCGUGUUAUAGAUAAGAAGGGACAAGUGCAUAUUUUGGAAGUUCAGUUGGAUAUAACCUAUCCAAAGUGUCCUCCUUCAGUUUCUGCGGAUGUACCUUUUAUAUUCAAUGUAAAAUGGUCAAUGAACUCAAGACUGAAAGAUUUGGUGCAGCAGUUCCAUGCGCAUCUGGACAAGCUUCAGGAAUUUUGGUCUACCUUGGAUGAUAUUGAUAAUUCUCUUUGUGUUGUUAAUCUGAAACAACCAUCUCAUGCCAUGUCAGUUCGCCAGAUUGAUAUAGGAAAUGAUUGUUCCAUAAUGUUGUUUAUAAGUGCCAAAGAUCCUAGAUCUUUACCAGAUUGUGCUAGGUGUCGCUUUUUGGGUCCAGAUACAAUUGUGAACAAUUUGAGAAAGUUGUGGCAAAGAAAUAGCAAGCAAUGGAAGAAGGACAGAACAUUUCUAGAAAAUCUUGCGUCUGUUCUGGAGACCCAACUGCCAAAGCCCCCAAAUAUCCACAAGAACGAUCUGCAAUUUGAAUGCGGAAUUUGUUAUGCUGAGUGUCUACCAAUUGAUCAUUUGAUGUCCUGUUUGGAAAUUGUCCCUACUGUUCAGAGCCAGUAGCAGUUAAAAUCAACAACACAAAGAUGUAAGUCUAGGUCUUAAAAAGUACUGUAAAUGAAGGUUCUUCAGGUAACGAUUGACCAUAUUCAGCAAUUCCUAUGCAAGUUCAUAUAACCUAAUCAAAGAAUGGAAGAGUUUGGCUGAGUCAAGGUAGCAUUAAGCAGAGUAUCCGAUGAUGCAGCCGCAUUUAAUACCUGAUAUAUGCAUUUUUUACUGUUCAUUAACUGUGACGUAUUAUCCAACAAUGAUAUGCUGCUUUCAGUUCAUAAUUUUUUGUACCAACCUUAUCUGUUGGCUCGUCAACUUGAUUGCUCAUUUUCAUGCUUGAUUGGAAUCUGCCAAAGAGAUGUAGUUCAUCUCAAGUUAUUGAUCGGUUAAUUUUUGUGU